AUGCCUUCAGCUACAGAUUACGCCCAGUUCUUCAGAGGACAGCUAUGUCAAACGCCCACGCUUCCAGAGACGAGUUUCGCAGGCAAGACUGUGGUCAUUACCGGAGCGAACCAAGGUUUGGGUUACGACAGUGCAAGGCAGCUAAUCGAUCUCAAUGUCUCGACCCUAGUCCUCGGAUGUAGAGACCUCUCCAAGGGAGAAGCAGCGAAGCAAAAGAUUCUUUCGAAAGGCGACGUAAAGACCAAGAUCGAGGUCUGGGAGGUCAACAUGUCCAGCUAUGCCUCCGUGCAGGCUUUCGCCGCGAGGGUCAAUCAACUUCCACGCCUCGAUGUACUGCUCGUCAACGCAGGCAUGUCCACCAACAAGUUCCACCUGGCCGAGGAACUUGAGGAAACGUUGACCGUUAAUGUCGUCGCCACGUUUCUGCUGUCUCUGUUGGUGUUGCCCCGACUGCAGGAGAGUGCACGGCAGAAUGGAGUUCCAUCUCAUCUCGCCAUCACUGGCUCGGCGGUCCAUGCCUUUGCUCCAGAUGACCAGCUGAGGACGCCUGCCACAGGACAAAUCUUUGCCACUCUGAGCGAGCAGAGCAAAGCGAAUAUGGCUACGAGGUACUACCUCAGCAAGCUCAUCGUGCUGCAAUGUCUCCAGGAGAUGGCCAAGACCGUUCGUCAUCAGGAGAAGUUCGGGGGACCAAGCGUUAUCGUCAACUUCCCAGCUCCUGGUUGGUGUAAGACUGAGCUGUUCAGGACAGACGAUGGUGGCGUGGUUGGCCGAAAUCUCCUCAAGCGCAUCGGAAGAACGAGUGAAGAGGGCGCUCGAACGUUGACCUCUGCGAUCGCAGCUGGAAGCGAGACACACGGGCACUACCUCAGCGAAUGCCAAGUCAAGCCGGCGUCGAUCUUUGUUCGGAGUGAACAGGGCCAGCAAGUCCAGGUCAAGGUGUGGAAAGAGCUCCUUGAUAUCCUGGAAAAGGUAUCCCCUGGUGUGACGAAGAUUGUGCGAUGA